CGGGUCAUAGACAGGAGGAGAGACUCGGAGAAAGGCUUUUGACCACGGAAGGCAGGAUAAAGUGUCGAUUUCAUUAUAGAAGAAUAACUACAGCUGAGUUGUUUUGCAGUGAGUCACCAAGACCAUGGAGGCCAUUGCCAAAUACGACUUUAAAGCUACUGCCGAUGAUGAGCUUAGUUUCAAACGUGGGGAAGUCCUCAAGGUGUUAAAUGAAGAGUGCGAUCAGAACUGGUACAAGGCAGAACUAAAUGGAAAAGACGGAUUCAUUCCCAAGAAUUACAUAGAGAUGAAAGCCCAUCCGUGGUUCUUCGGGAAGAUUCCCCGUGCCAAAGCAGAGGAGAUGCUAAACAAACAGAGGCAUGAUGGGGCUUUUCUCAUUAGAGAGAGCGAGAGUGCACCAGGAGACUUCUCCCUUUCUGUGAAGUUUGGAAAUGAUGUCCAGCAUUUCAAGGUCCUUCGUGAUGGGGCUGGGAAGUAUUUCCUUUGGGUGGUGAAGUUCAACUCUCUUAAUGAGCUGGUGGAUUACCACCGCACAACUUCGGUUUCCCGCAAUCAGCAAAUCUUCCUGCGAGACAUAGAGCAGAUCACCCAGCACCCUACAUAUGUGCAAGCGCUCUUUGACUUUGACCCCCAGGAGGAAGGAGAGUUGGGUUUCAGACGCGGUGACUUCAUCCAAGUCCUGGACAACUCUGACCCCAACUGGUGGAAAGGAGGCUGCCACGGCCAAACGGGCAUGUUCCCUCGCAACUACGUCACUCCUGUUAAUCGGAACAUGUAAACAAAAAAAAAGAAAGAAAUUCAGACCAACACAACAGCAACCAUCACCACCAUCAUUAUCACAAUUGUUCUUGACCUCAUCCUCCCCGCCAUCCAAUCUACAACCAACCCCUUACCUCUCUGGGUCAUCCCCCCCACCCCCACCCCAGUGACAUAAAA